AUGUCUGAAUCGAUUCCCAACUUACUAUUGCCUCAUAAGAGAGUCGUUGAAAACACUCGCGAAAGUCAAGUCUUGCUCUGGAUUUGGAAUAUUCUUCAGGAAAUUAGUGAAUAUGAUUACGAACAGUAUCUCAGAGAUGGGGUAGUCUUGUGUCGUUUAAUGAAUGCCGUAAAUAAGGGUUCAAUACCGGAGCCAAUAGUUGCCGGCGAUAAUAAUAAACAAAAACGUUUAAACAUUGAAAACUUUUUGAAAUCUUGUACUACUUAUGGUGUGUCCAGUGAUAUGCUGUUCAAUGUGGAUGACCUACUGUUGUUGCAAAACAUCCCCAAAGUUACCAGGUGCAUAUUUGCAUUGGGAAAAUUGGCAUCUGAAAAAUUUGACGGCCCUGAGCUGGGAGAUGAACCAUAUGAACCCUUGGAUCCAAAGUCAUUACGAAGGGCAGGUAUGCCUUUUGGUGAUGACAUAUAUGUAGCUCACGUGAACACCAAAGACAUAAAGAAAAUG